AUGAGACAAAGAAAGAAUACAUUUCAAUUUGCAAAUAAGAACAAUUCUAAUAGUCUAACAACCACCACCAACAGUGAUAGUAAUAAUAACGUCGCCGAGCAUCAUGUUACGAAAAGAAGAAAGAAUAAUGGAUUGACUUUUAGUUUCUUGAAUAAUAAUAACAACAACAACCUUAUAGACUCAACAACUAAUAAUAAUAAUAGUGAAGAUGAAUACGAUGAAGAAGAUGGUGUCGAGAAAGCAACUAUAACUAUAAAUAAUGUAAAUACUGAUGUUACUAAAAGAAGAAAGAAUAAUGGGAUGACCUUUAGUUACUUUAACAACAACAACAAUAUAGAUUCAACAAAUGAUAAUAAUAACCAUGAUUAUGAUGACGGCGGUGACGAUGUCAUCUUGUUGGAUAGACCAGCAACAACAAGUACAUCUAAUACUAAAAGAAGAAAGAAUAAUGGAAUGACUUUUAAUUACUUGAACAAUAUAGAUUCAACAACCGUCAUAGAUAAUGUAAAUAAUAAUAAUAAUAAUAAUAAUAAUAAUAAUAAUAAUAAUAAUAAUAAUAAUCAAACUGUUGUAGAUACACAUCAACAAAGAAAGAGAUCAUCGUAUCAGUUUAAUAAUAACAACAAAAGAAUUCAUUUUGAAGAUGAUGUUGAUGUUGAAGAAAAGGUGACUCGAGAUGAAAGAAGGUACAACAGAAUUGAAUUAAAGAGUAAAACUAAAAAAGAUUUACUUGUCAUUUGUGAAAGAUUGGAUAUUGAAGGAUCAAUGAACCAAAACAAAGAUACAAUCAUCAACAAUAUUCUAAAGAUACAAAAUGAUCGAUUUCAAUACAAAACCAAAAUGAUUGACAAUAAUCCUCUGUAUGAUUAUAACAAGGGAAUGCUUGAAUAUUCAUUACCAUGGCCAAUCAUCGGUAGAAUACUCGAUCUAGUUUGGACUGAAUCAUCUAUUUGUACUUGUUACUAUAGUCAUCAAUUUGUUAGUAGUAUAAGACCACAAGUGUCGACACAACUUGGUCACCUUCAAAUGUGGCCAGUCUAUCAACCAUUGUUGGACAUGUACAAAGAAUCAAGAAUGAAAUGUCCAAUGCACACAUACCACUAUUUGAAUGGUUUGGAGCCAUUGAUCAACAUUUCACACCCCUUUGUUUGUUAUAGUACCAUCGACCGAAACAAAUGGAGAUACCAACUACUUGGUAUAUCUAAACGAGUCAACCAGUUCCUGUCAUCCAAGUCCUUUACCAACAUUCGACUUGCAUUCCAACAAGACCUUUGGGAGCACAUCAACAAUCAAUAUUGUCCAAUCAAAGCACCCAAACAGCUUACAAUCACCCAACACUACGCGUUUGCCAACUUUAACAAUUUCAACACGUCGGUGCUUUCAUCGGUCGAAAAGCUAUCGAUAGACAAUGUCAGCAUUCGACCACAGUAUCUCAAGGGUCUCCAAAAUCUAUUCAAGAAUAUCAAAUCGUUGACUUGGCGAGGCUAUCUUAACCCAAAGUUCCACCUAUCCAAAUUCAAGAAUCUUACAUCGAUCAAUGUGGUCUAUGCACAACAUACAGGUCGACAAGAAUUCUUGGACGUUCUUCAUCCAGGUAUUGUAAAGCUUUUACUGCCUGCUAUAUGGUGUACUGAACCAGUUACACUCUCUCCCAACCUAGCCAACACGAUCCAAGUCAGCAACAUUCAUCCACCACAACAAAUGCCAAACUUGCAUACCUAUCAUCCCAACGCGUACACCUUUGCAUCGUUUGAUCACCCAAAAGUUACAAAGCUCGUGCAACACAGCCGUGGUGGUGAAGUGUUACCCUUUCCAUUCACCGUCCCUCCAACUGUUGAAACAGUAAAAUAUUCUAUCAACACUGGAGGAGUCAAUAUUCCAACCACACCAUUUACUGGAUUCAAUGUCAAGAAGCUCAUUAUAACCAAUUAUUAUGAAAUAACAGAAAAGGUGAUAAAUGAAUUUAAAACAAUUGGAUAUGAAUACAUUGGUGCCAUAUUUAAAGCAACAAAAAGACAAUUCCAUUUCAUUAAAUCAACAACUACAACAACAGCAACAGAAGAGAUUAAAAUUGAAACUCCACCAAUACAAAUAGUUGUAGAUCCCACCACCACAACCACAACAACCAUCAACAAUUCAACACUUCCCUACUAUUUAGUCGAAAAGAUUUUCAGAUACUAUUGGAAUAGUUAUUAUUGUACUUGCGAGAUUGAAACAUGUACGGUAAAUCAAAAUCAUUACCAAUACUAUAAUCACCAAACAUCAUCAGAUUAUAUCAAAAAAGCAAAAGAAUUCGCCUUGGCCAAAUCAAUAUGUCCAAUACACAAGGAUCAGUUGCCAAGUUUUGGUACAUAUAGAAAUGAAAAUAUGCUCAAACAAAUCAAUCAACGUCGAUUUAGAUUGUCAUUGACAUGCAAAAGAUUAUUUGAAUAUAUUUCAAAUCGUCUUGUCAAUCGAGUUGCAUUCUCAUCCCUAGGAUCUGAAGAAUCUGAAAUGUCAACAUACCAUAAACACUUUUCAAAUCGAUAUUGUCUGAUUGGUAAAUCCAUCAAAAGUCUCACCAUUGAUAGCUACCACAACGCUGGUCACCAAAAUUGGGAGUUUCUCGACCUCCAUCACUACUCAAAUGUACAACGUUUAAUGUUUGAGCCGUCUAUGCUCACUCCACAGUUUGUCACAAACGUUGGAAAUCUUAUCCAAAAGCUGUCAACUCGCUUGCAAUUUAUUACUUCAUUGGAUCUAUCAUAUUGGAGACUAGAUCCAGAUAGUGGAAGCGUUAUUCAUAAAUUAAAAGAUAUACCACUUAGAAAACUAUACUAUGUCUAUCCAGACAACCAAUUUCUAUUCAAAGAUCUAAAUGAUAAAGAGGGUGAGGAAGACGAUCCAAAUAGAUGGCCAUUAACACAAUCAUUGGAAGCAGUAUCAAUCAACUCAUUUGAUGCCAUUCCAAAGUUGGAUAGAUUACCAAAACUCAGACAUUUAAGAAUUAUUUCAGACACCCUUCCAACAUAUCCACAUUACGCCCCUUUGACAGAUCAACAAAUUCAAACACAACUUCCAUCCAACAUCACCAAACUAUCAUUCACUGACACCAAUAUUGCGCAAAUCAUAACUUUCGAUUCAUUGGAACCUUUUACAGCAAUUAUGAGAGAAAGAAUAAUGAAUACAUUUCAAUUUGCCAAUAAUUCUAAUAGUCUGACCACCCAAAAUGAUCAUGAUGGCAAUGAUGAUGACAAUGAUGAAGAUGACAAUGAGGAAACAACAACAACAAGCACAAAGACAAUAAACGCCGCCGAGCAUCAUGUUACUAAAAGAAGAAAGAAUAAUGGAAUAACUUUUAAUUACUUGAACAACAUAGAUCCAACAACCUUAAUCGAUAAUUCAGAGGAGGAGGACGUUGAAGGAAUAUAA